AUGGCUGGCGAGCUCCGUGACAAUGUGUCUCGCGCGAAAAAGGUCAAUCCAUUUGGUGUAUUGACGUUUGUUGGGCUACGUGCGGCCGAUCCUAUUUUUCAAUACACCCUUCUUCAGCGAGGCUGGGCAUCCAGUUUGCUCAAGCUCAUCGGUGCUACAGCAGUGAAUCGCAACAUGAUAGUUCAUGAAUCGACUGGCCAACUGCAGCCUUACUACGCUAUCAUCUCACUCAUGGCUUUGGGUAGCAGCCUGAAACAGAUUUUGAAUAUCCUGGUCGUCGUGGAGCAAGAAAUGUCACCAUCGUCAGCAAUUGUCAUUGCACUCUUCAACACUGCUUGCAACUCGUUGAACACUAUCCUAUCGGUCUGGGCGGUUACAACACAAGCACCGGGUCCACUAGGCUUCUUUGGCAUUCGUCAGUAUCCACUUUUGCUUGUCGGUGUCGGGUUCUACAUGGCUGGUAUUCUUGUAGAGGUGGGCUCGGAACUACAGAGACGAUCCUUCAAGAAAGAUCCCACCAACAAAGGAAAGCCAUACGCUGGCGGGUUAUUCUCAGCAGCGAGACAUAUCAACUACGGUGCUUAUACAAUUUGGCGAGCCGCGUAUGCGUUCACCGCGGCUGGCUGGCCAUGGGCCGCUGCCGUCUUUUCCUUUUUCUUCUACGACUUUGCGGCUCGGGGUGUUCCAGUGCUUGACAAAUAUCUUCUAGAAAGGUAUGGUGAACAGUGGCAGGCAAUUAAGGACCGCGUUCCGUAUCGUCUGAUCCCGGGCAUCUAUUGA